AGUGACUAUGAAGUGGUGACCUACCUAGCUAGUCAUGGCAGCUUCAGCUCCAGGAGGCUCUGAGGCUCUUGAAGAAGCUACUCCUGGGGAUGUCCUGUUUGAUACACUUGAGGAUCUCACCAAUCAAGAUUUUAAACGAUUUAAGAACAAGUUAUCAGAUCUCUCUUACCAGGGUGGAAGACGUAUACCACGCGGACGUCUGGAACAUGAAGACCGCGUUGCUGUAAAGGACAUUCUCCUAGAUUUUUAUGGCGAUAAAACAGCUCUAGAGGUGACUGUACAAGUUCUCAAAGCCAUUGGACUCAAUGGCAUUGCAAACAGACUAGUGGAACAAGUUCAAACUGACAUGCAGCUUCUUCGAAUAUCAUCAGACGAAUGUUUAGAAGAAUGCAGAGAAGAUUAUAUGCAUCUCCUGAGGAAUAAUUAUUCAACUUUCGAGGAAAGAAAUGCUCGCUUAGGAGAGGUGGUUUGUUUACAGAGUAGAUACACCAGACUGUUGAUUAUAAAGCAACAUCGUAACGAAGUGGAGAGAGAUCACGAAAUCCGGUCUUCUGGAAGGAGACACCUACAAAUAAUGGACAACAGAUCUUCUCAAGAGUAUUCCCCAACUGAUAUCGACCUUUUGUUUUCCCCUGAUGAACAUAGGGUUGUAUCCAAGAUUGUUGUUCUGCAAGGUCCAGCAGGUAUUGGUAAAACCAUGACCUCCCAUAAGAUCAUGCUUGACUGGGCCUCUGGAGAUCUGUGGAAAGAAAAGUUUAACUUUGCGUUUUAUCUGAACUGUAGAGAACUUAACACCAUCACCACAAACAUAAGCCUAGCCAAGUUUCUUUGCCGAGUUUGUCAUUUAGAUUACGAACAAGGCCUUGUUAUGUCAAUCUUCAGAAAGCCUGAGGACCUUCUGUUUGUCAUUGAUGGCUUUGAUGAGUUCACAUGUUCCAUAGAGAAGAGAACUGGGGUCUGUGAAGAUCCUUUUCAAGAGGUUCCAGUAGAAAUCCUUCUGAACAGUUUACUUAGAAAAAGAGUACUCAGAGACUGUUCAAUAAUCAUCACCACAAGACCAUUCUCACUGAUGAAUCUUCGGGAACUUAUUAGACGCCCUCGUUGUGUGGAAAUUCUGGGGUUCACAGGAAAUGACCGCCAAAAAUUCUGCUACAAUUUCUUUAAAGACCGCUAUCAAGCAAACUUGGCUCUCAGUAUUAUUAUGGACAAUGACACCAUCUUCACCAUGUGCGCUGUCCCGAUAGCAUGCUGGAUCGUAUGUACUGUAAUAAAACAGAAAAUUGAAAAGGGGGUUGAUGUUGUAAAUAAUUGCAAUACGACUACAUCCAUUUACCUCCUCUACCUUAAAAGUUUAAUAAAGUAUCACGCUAAAGGAUCCGACCGGGUAAUUACCUGUGUCAAAAAGUUAUGUGCAUUGGCUAACGAAGGAGUUUGGGAUCAGAAGAUCUUGUUCGAAGAAGAAGAUGUUCAAAGACACGGACUUUCUUUAUCAGACGAAGAGUCUGCAUUUUUGAUCCAAAACAUUUUUGUCCAGGAUGUUGAUAUUAAAACCUGCUACAGCUUCAUCCAUCUGAGCGUCCAGGAGUUCUUUGCUGCUCUGUACUAUGUGCUGGUCGAUGACUCUGAAAGACAACUUGUCUAUACUGCCAAUAAAUGUACCACCGUCGGCCAAUUGCUGAAGACGUCAGAAGAAAAUUCUCACCUGGACCUAACUGUACAGUUCUUGUUCGGUCUCGCUGGUGAUAUUCACCUGACAAGAAAAUGUCUAGGUUGUCCGAUAUCGUUCAAUGAAAAGUCUGUUCUAGAAACGUGGCUUAGAAACAUUGGCUUUUCUCAUUCUUGUAAAAUAUUCAGACUCUUGUAUGAAACACAAGAUGUCAACUGGGUUGAAAGGGUUAUGUCUCUUUUCCCCAACAUUGACAUUAAGUCCCGUGACUAUGAAUACAGGCUCAGCGAUAUGGAUUACAGAACGUUGUCAUACUGUUUAAAAAACAGCUCAAUCAAGCAUACGAUUAAACUUACACGAUGUGUGAUAAGGCCAAAGGCGCAAUCAAUUCUAGCUGCAUCUCUUCAGAAAUACUCAAAGCUUUGGUUUGAACAUUGCAGCUUUCCUGACCAAGAGGAUAAUGAACAAAAAAGGAGAGACAAAUCCAGCAUCUCCAAUCUUUUCACAUCCCAUUGUGGAAUAAAAACACUUGUGAUGAGGAACUGUGGCCUGACCUCAUCAUGCUGUGAAGACCUCCUCUCUGUGAUCUCCACAAAUCGAUCGGUGAUCAGAAUUGACCUGUCAGGGAAUAACCUACAUGACUCUGGAAUAAAUAUUCUGAAUGUGGCGCUGAGACGUCGGAGCUGCACCAUACAAGAGCUGAAGUUGGAGAAAUGUGGUCUCACAUCAUCCUCCUGUGGCUACCUCUGCUCAGUUAUCAGAAACCCAUCUCUGAUCACCCUGGAUCUGUCACGUAAUGACCUGCAGGACCCUGGAAUAAGAUGUUUAUGCCGAGCACUUGGACAUAUUCGUUGCGGCGUGCAAAAUCUAAGACUGAAUAAAUGUGAUCUGACCUCAUUCUCUUGCGGUGACCUGUGCUCCAUAAUUACAAACCGAUCUCUGAUCAGCCUGGACUUAACAAGUAAUAAUCUACAGGAUAUUGGGAUAAGGCGUCUCUGUGAAGGACUCAAAAAUCCAGACUGUACCCUGCAGGAGCUCAGAUUGAGAAAAUGUAAUCUGACCUACUCCUGUUGUUAUGAGAUUCGCUCCGCUAUUGCUGCCAACCGCUCUCUGAUCAAGCUGGACCUGUCAUUCAAUAACUUGAUGGACUCUGGAAUAAAACUGCUAUGUGAAGAACUGAGAUCUCCAAGCUGCACCCUGCAUGAACUAUGGUUGGAGCAAUGUGGCCUGACCUCACACUGCUAUGAGGAUCUGAAAUCUGUCAUUACAACAAACCUACAUCUGACCACGCUGCACCUGAGCACUGAUAAUCUAAAGAACAUGAAUAGGCAAUUUCAGGGUCUCAAGCGCCCCACUUCUUCUACACAAGAACUGAGAGUUCAUUUUGGACCGGAAACCAUUAUUUUUUCACAGUGAAGAUGCAAAGGCC